AUGAAUUCACAGUUUCGCCUUCCACCCGACCAUGUCACUGAAGAUCCGGUGGAGCACGACACGCUGCCCAUAAACGAAGCAGAGCAGGGAGGGGAUCAGGCAGCGCAGCCUCUAAGCAUUGGCGAUAAUCUCGACCUUCUCUGGAACGAUUUUGAUUACUCCUCUCUGGUCAUGUCUCAGUCGUUCCCGCUCAAUGACGUGGCACUCAUGCAGGCUGGACUGUCCGUUCCUGGCCAGGUGUCUUAUGGGAACCCAAACGAAGCCUACGAAAACCAGCAUAUGUUUGCAGGACAAGAGUGCGGAGAACAGGGCAUCAUGUCCCGAUUCGAGUCGCGUCUCCCUUCAGUUGAGCCAGCUUACCAAACUCAGAACGAUGCUGCAGCAAGUGGCAACAACAAUCAUGAGGCCGAGGUCCGGAAUGAGAGGCUGAACGAGCAUCUGCCGGCUCAAACAACGCUGGUGCGUCGACCUGCCGUUCCAUGGCGCAUAUCGAAACAAGAUUAUGGCUUGAUCCACGCUGUCAUGGUCAGCUAUGCGACGAUUUUGCCGCACGACUUUGUGCUCCCCUCGCGGCACGCGCUCUGUCGAUACGUUGAAGGUUUCUUCUCUGGCUUUCAUGAGCAUUUACCAGUGAUCCACGUAGCCACAUUCUCCUUGGUGACUGAAGCUCCCGAGUUGAUACUCGCCAUCCUCUCGGUCGGAGCGAGGUAUCGGUUUCAGCAUAGGCAAUCGCACAGUUUAUAUGUGGCAGCGCAGCUAUUACUCAAGUAUCAAAUCGAGCAACGUGUUUCGCCCGGGACCAGCUCCGGAGAAGGACCCGUCUGGACCACACCGGGGAUGCUCUCACAACAUAGCAAUCCUGUACCGCAGAAGCAGCACCAUGGAAAAGGCCAGGGCUCGGAGGCGUCUCCCGUCAACGAUCUACAUGGCGCGGCCAGGCCUCUGCCAAGGAUGCUCGACCCAAGCCGAGCCACGACUAGCCCUGACCGAGACCUGCAGACCAUGCAUGCCAUGAUCCUCAUGAUCGCCCUUGGCACGUGGAACGAUCGCUCGCUCCUCAAAGAUGCGUUUUCCAUGGCGAGCCAUCUGGCCCUGCUUUUGCGAGAACACGCCAUGCAUCCUGAUGCCAACGGCACGGACCUAGCAUGGCCCGAGUGGGUGGCAGCAGAAGGGCGAAGGCGCGCCAUGAUUGUUGGCUUCUGCUUCCUCAACCUUCACUCGAUCGCGUACAGCGCGUCGCCAAAGGUGCUUGCAAAAGACAUGGGCCUGCUCUUCUUGCCGUCCCCAGAGUCCCACUGGCGCGCACCCAACGACGCCGCCUGGAGGGAAGCACGCCGACGAGACGUGCACUCAUGUUGUCUACUCCGCGAUGCAUACGCCGGUCUACACGCUGCGCAGACAGAUAGGCCCAGCCGUCACGAACUCUCAUCAUUUGGCAACUACGUGCUGAUCCAUUGCAUCGUCCAGGACAUCUUCUUCACGAGGCAGGUAUACUUUAUCGGGGGCACUACGUCUUCUAUAGCAUCGGGGGCAUUGAGCCACCUCGACCGGGCCUUACGGAGCUGGCAGCACGGCUGGGAAGCGACCAAGGACUCGUCAUUUGAUCCGUCAGCGCCGGGCGGGCCGCUUAGCUUUAAUGCCACCGCUCUCUUCCGUCUUGCAUAUAGCAGACUUCACACCAACAUGGGCGCCCAUCUCCUGCUCGACGCCCGUGACCCCAGCACCAUCGCCUCUGCAUUCCGGAAUGCCAUGGCCAUUGAGCGAUCCCUGUGUGUGGCCUCCUCGGUCGGCAGAGCUGUUUUGCAGUGCGCCCAUUCCCUGAGCAUCCCCGUCCGGAUUGGUAUUGAGUUCGUCGCCAGGACGCAGACACUCUCAUGGAGCAUAAUACACAGCCUGUGCAACCUGGAAUGCGGCCUGUUCGUCAGCAAAUGGCUCCAGACCAUGGCGUGGGCAGUACGCGACGGGGAGGCCUUGCGCGAGGACGAGCGGCGUCUGCUGGGCAUCAUCAGCGCCAUAGUCAGCGAGACGGAGCUGGCCUCGGCUGUCCAGAGUGAGGCGGACGAGGUUGGCAGGCUACUGAGGCUCUCCGCUGCUGUGCUGCGUCUUUGGGCACACACCUUCCAAGGCGCCCACGUAUUCGACAUCAUGGGGCCCAUUGGUGCCGGUCUCGACCGCUGCGCCGAGCUGGUGGUGCAGGACUUGAAUCCAGCAAGGGGACUUGCUAGCCAAUGA